UAAAAACUUUUUUCUUCUCUUCUUCCCUAACGCCCCCUUUGCCUCUACUGCAGCCUCUCAGAGCAGUUGCUUCGUCUGUAAAAUCUUCAAGGUUGCUGGGUUUUGUGGGUUUUAACCUUUAUCAAGAAAGAAAAAAUGUCUGGAGAGGAUGCUGCUGUUGCUGUUCCCGCUGUUGAGACUCCUUCUCCAGCACUUGGAGAGCCCAUGGAUAUCAUGACUGCUCUACAGCUGGUGCUCAGGAAGUCUAAAGCUCAUGGAGGGCUUGCUCGAGGACUUCAUGAAGGUGCUAAGGUCAUUGAGAAGCAUGCUGCACAGCUUUGUGUGCUAGCAGAGGACUGUGAUCAGCCAGAUUAUGUCAAACUGGUGAAAGGACUUUGUGCUGAUCACAAUGUCAGUUUGAUUACAGUUCCCAAUGCAAAGACUCUUGGCGAAUGGGCUGGUUUAUGUAAGAUUGAUUCUGAAGGUAAAGCAAGGAAGGUUGUUGGUUGUGGCUGUGUUGUCGUGAAGGAUUACGGUGAAGAGACCGAGGGUCUCCAUAUCGUCCAAGAAUAUGUGAAGUCUCAUUAGAUAGAAAUUGGAGAUGGAGCUUUAGGACUAAUGGAGCUAGAGGAUCCCCUGAGGCUAUGUUUUUCUGUACUUGCUUGCAUUAGAGUUGAGUUUGUGAUAUUUUAAACAAGUUAUUUUUGUGACUUCCAAUUUUGUUUUCCCAUCUGGGAGGAUCAUCUAAUACUUGGUUGAAACUGCCCUCUUAAGUAAUGAUCCUACCUAUUUCCUGCACUCUCUAAUACUUGGUUGGCAAGUCUCACUAUUUCCAAUUCAAGCACCGUUUCUGGAA